AUGUUCCGACCUGACUACUGGUCUGAGGACCCCAUGGAUGGCAUUAUGGGAGCUGGCAUGCUCCGUGGAGGCCCUGCAGCUCGUCGCUUUGAUGAAUAUUAUCGAUGCUACCCCGUUGCGAUGCUUCCUGGCCCUGAGAGAGAAAAUGUCAACCACGGUGGAAAGGUUAUCAUGCCUCCCAGUGCACUGGACAAACUCACUCGCCUCCAUAUCACCUACCCUAUGCUCUUUGAGCUGCACAAUGGCGCCAAAGAGCGGAUGUCACAUGCUGGUGUUCUAGAGUUUAUUGCAGAGGAGGGGAAAAUUUACCUGCCAUUCUGGAUCAUGCAAACCUUGCUUCUGGAGCCCGGUGACUUACUUCAGAUCAAGUCGACCGAUCUCCCCCCGGGUCAGUUUAUCAAGCUCCAGGCACAGUCAACAUCAUUCCUCGAUAUCAGUGACCCGAAAGCCGUCCUUGAAAAUGCAUUCCGCAACUUCUCUUGCCUCAGCAAGGGCGAUGUAUUUACAUUCUCAUACAACGAUCAAGUUUAUGAAAUGGCAGUUUUAGAGACCAAGCCCGCAGGCUCCAAGAACUCCAUCUCGGUUCUGGAAACCGACUUGGAAGUCGAUUUCGCCACGCCGGUUGGAUACGAGGAACCGCAACGUACCAGCGGUACCAGUACUCCGGGAAGCGUGGUGAAACUUCCCUCUGGUGGACUUCUGCAUCCUCACGGCUCCAUGGCCCAGUCAAUAAACUAUGCCGCCAUCGCGCCCGACUCCACAGAGGCUGCCGCUGGUGCCCGAGCUGCGUCAUCCAACUUUUUGUCGGAAGGGCAGCGUCUGAACGCCAAGAAAGGUAGCAAGGCGCCUACUCCGAAAGCCUCUACCCCCGCACCGGGGGCUACCAAUCCUCAGCACCCCCCACCUGUACGCAGAACAAACGGCCCACAACCACUGCGCCUUCCACCUAAUCAACUCUUCUUCGGGUACGAGUUAAAGCCAGUGAAGCCACGCGACGAGAAUGGCCAGCCUGUGAUGCCCGCGGACCAGCCAACUUUUCAGGGUAUUGGUCAGACAUUACGAGGAAAGAAGAAGGACCUCAGUGGGUCAGCUACUCCCACUUCUGGUAGUGAGGCCGAGAGCCAGAAAGGCAAGGGGGUCAGUGGGGGUGGACGAACUCUGGGGAGCAGCAAGCGCUGA